AUGUUAGACGUUCAUCUAAUCUAUUUCGAGUGUCUGCGCAAAGAUGAUACAUUUCCGCGGGACUGGACCGCGCGUGAACUUGAAGUCCAAGCGAACAUGACCUUUCGAGAGUGUUUGAACAGCGAAUGCAGUUAUCUAUCUAUCUAUCUAUCUAUCUAUCUAUCUAUCUAUUUGAACCUCUUCAUAUCUAUAUCUCUAUCUAUCUGUUUCUAUCUAUCUAUCUGUUUCAAUCUGUUUCUAUAUAUAUUUCUGUUUCAAUGUGUUCCUAAUUAUUUAUCUCAAUCUGUUCCUGUCUAUCGAUCUAAAUCUAUCUAUCUAUCUAUCUAUCUAUCUAUCUAUCUAUCUAUCUAUCUAUCUAUCUAUCUGAAUCUGUACCUAUAUAUAUCUACCUUUAUCUAUCUGUUAUAUCUCUCUGUUUCAAUCUGUUUCUAUAUAUCUUUCUGGUUCAAUGUCUUCCUAAUUCUCUAUAUCAAUCUGUCCCUAUCUAUCGAUCUAAAUCUGUUCCUAUCUAUCUAUCUAUCUAUCUAUCUAUCUAUCUAUCUAUCUAUCUAUUUGAAUCUAUAUUGUCUUUUUUCCUUUGUACAUAUUGUCUUUUUCUAUAGGUUAAUUCUGUGA